UCCGCUGACCUUGACGGUGGCAAUAAAAGGGGUAGCCCAGCUCCCAGCCCUCACCGUGGUGCUGAGUGCCUGAUGCCUUGGACUGCCUUGAACCUCCAAGAUUUUUAGUCCCUCGUCCUCCACCUCUCGGUGCCACCGCCAUGAUGGAUGUGAGUGAACUUGGGGAGUCUGCCCGCUACCUCCGCCAGGGCUACCAGGACCUGAUGAAGGUGCACACUGUCCCGUGGGAUGGGAGGAAGAGGGUCUGGGUGCCUGAUGAACAGGAUGCCUAUGUGGAGGCCGAGAUCAGGUCGGAGGCCACUGGGGGCAGAGUCAACGUGGAGACCAAAGACCAGAAGAUGCUGAUGGUGCGCGAAGCAGAGCUACAGCCCAUGAACCCGCCCCGCUUCGACUUGCUGGAGGACAUGGCCAUGAUGACCCACCUCAACGAGGCAGCAGUGCUGCACAACCUGCGCCAGCGUUAUGCUCGCUGGAUGAUCUACACGUACUCGGGCCUCUUCUGUGUCACCAUCAACCCGUACAAAUGGCUCCCGGUGUACACGGCCUCCGUGGUGGCUGCUUACAAGGGAAAGCGCCGCUCGGAGGCCCCACCCCACAUAUAUGCAGUGGCGGAUAAUGCCUACAAUGACAUGCUGCGCAACCGAGAGAACCAGUCCAUGCUGAUCACGCUGCAGGGAACCAGGGUGGGGAAGGGAAGCAAAGGGACACAGACAGAAGACAAGGAUGAGGCUGGGAGAGGAAGGGACGGAGAUCCCUUCAAUUCUCAAUUUCUGGCCACGAAGACUGGGGGCACCCUCGAGGAUCAAAUCAUCGAGGCUAACCCUGCCAUGGAGGCUUUCGGCAACGCCAAGACCCUGCGGAAUGACAACUCCUCCCGCUUUGGCAAGUUCAUCCGCAUUCACUUCGGCCCCUCCGGGAAGCUCGCAUCCGCAGAUAUUGACAGCUAUCUCCUGGAGAAGUCGCGAGUGAUCUUCCAGCUGCCCGGUGAGCGUGGCUACCACGUCUACUACCAGAUCCUCUCCGGGAAGAAGCCAGAGCUACAGGAUAUGCUGCUUCUGUCUAUGAACCCCUACGACUACCACUUCUGCAGCCAGGGGGUCAUCACUGUGGACAACAUGGAUGAUGGGGAAGAGCUGAUGGCCACUGAUCAUGCCAUGGACAUCCUGGGCUUCAGCGUGGAUGAGAAGUGUGCCUGCUAUAAGAUCGUGGGGGCCCUCCUGCACUUUGGCAACAUGAAGUUCAAGCAGAAACAGCGGGAGGAACAGGCUGAGGCCGACGGCACUGAGAGUGCUGACAAGGCUGCCUACCUGAUGGGGGUCAGCAGUGGGGACCUCCUCAAAGGCCUUCUGCACCCCCGAGUGCGUGUGGGCAAUGAGUAUGUGACCAAGGGCCAGAGUGUGGAGCAGGUGGUGUUUGCUGUGGGGGCUCUGGCCAAGGCCACCUAUGACCGGCUGUUCCGGUGGCUGGUAUCGAGGAUCAACCAGACCCUGGACACUAAGCUGCCCCGGCAGUUCUUCAUCGGGGUCCUGGACAUCGCGGGGUUUGAGAUCUUUGAGUUUAACAGCUUCGAGCAGCUGUGCAUCAACUUCACCAAUGAGAAGCUACAGCAGUUCUUCAACCAGCACAUGUUCGUGCUGGAGCAGGAGGAGUACAAACGGGAGGGCCUUGACUGGGUCUUCAUCGAUUUCGGCCUGGACCUGCAGCCCUGCAUUGACCUCAUCGAGAAGCCACUGGGCAUCCUGUCCAUCCUGGAAGAGGAGUGCAUGUUCCCCAAGGCCUCAGACGCCAGCUUCCGGGCCAAGCUCUAUGACAAUCAUGCGGGGAAGUCACCCAAUUUCCAGCAGCCACGGCCUGACAAGAAGCGCAAAUACCAGGCCCACUUUGAGGUGGUCCACUAUGCAGGUGUGGUGCCUUACAGCAUCGUGGGCUGGCUGGAGAAAAACAAGGAUCCACUGAAUGAGACUGUGGUCCCUAUCUUCCAAAAGUCGCAAAACAAGCUCUUGGCUGCCCUCUAUGAGAACUACGCAGGCCCAUGCUCCGCCGAGCCCCCCAAGUCUGGGGUGAAGGAGAAGCGUAAGAAGGCAGCAUCUUUCCAGACGGUGUCCCAGCUGCACAAGGAGAACCUCAACAAGCUGAUGACCAACCUGCGGGCCACACAGCCCCACUUCGUCCGUUGCAUUGUCCCCAAUGAGAACAAGACCCCAGGAGUCAUGGAUGCCUUUUUGGUGUUACACCAGCUGCGCUGCAAUGGAGUUCUGGAGGGGAUCCGGAUCUGUCGCCAAGGGUUCCCCAACAGGCUGCUCUAUGCUGACUUCCGGCAGCGGUACCGCAUCCUGAACCCCAGUGCCAUCCCAGACGAUACCUUCGUGGACAGCAGGAAGGCCACAGAGAAGCUUCUGGGCUCACUGGACAUUGAGUACACCCAGUACCAGUUCGGCCACACCAAGGUGUUCUUCAAGGCUGGGCUUCUAGGCGUCCUGGAGGAGCUUCGUGACCAGCGUCUGGCCAAGGUUUUGACGCUGCUGCAGGCACGGAGCCGGGGCCGCCUCAUGCGCCUGGAGUACCAGCGCCUGCUGGGCGGCAGGGACGCCCUGUUCACCAUCCAGUGGAAUAUCCGUGCCUUCAAUGCUGUCAAGAACUGGUCCUGGAUGAAGCUCUUUUUCAAGAUGAAGCCGCUGCUGCGCUCGGCGCAGGCGGAGGAGGAACUGGCAGCCCUGCGGGCUGAGCUGCGGGGGCUGCGCGGGACACUGGCUGCUGCCGAGGCCAAGCGCCAGGAGCUGGAGGAGACGCACGUCAGUGUCACCCAGGAGAAGAACGACCUGGCCCUGCAGCUGCAGGCGGAGCAAGAAAACUUGGCGGAUGCUGAGGAGCGCUGCCACUUGCUGAUCAAGUCCAAGGUGCAGCUCGAGGCGAAGGUGAAGGAGCUGAGUGAGCGGCUGGAGGACGAGGAGGAGGUGAACGCCGACCUGGCCGCCCGCCGGCGCAAGCUGGAGGACGAGUGCACAGAGCUCAAGAAGGACAUUGACGACCUGGAGCUGACACUGGCCAAGGCCGAGAAGGAGAAGCAAGCCACGGAGAACAAGGUGAAGAACCUGACCGAGGAGAUGGCGGCCCUGGACGAGUCGGUAGCCCGACUGACCAAGGAGAAGAAGGCAUUGCAGGAGGCCCACCAGCAGGCGCUGGGCGACCUGCAGGCCGAGGAGGACCGUGUGAGCGCUCUGGCCAAGGCCAAGCUCCGGCUGGAGCAGCAAGUGGAAGACGUGAGUCCCGGUCCCAGCGGAGGCCUGUGGGGUGGGGGUGGGGGUGGGGGUGGGGGGGCUGGGGCCGGGACGGCGGCCUGCCAGGUCUGGCGGCUGGGCCUGGCCACCUCUCCUGCUCCACAGCUGGAGUGCUCCCUGGAGCAAGAGAAGAAGCUGCGCAUGGACACGGAGCGGGCGAAGCGCAAGCUCGAGGGUGACCUCAAGCUGACGCAGGAGUCGGUGACGGACGCUGCCCAGGACAAGCAGCAGCUGGAGGAGAAGCUCAAGAAGAAGGACUCGGAGUUGAGUCAGCUGAACCUGCGGGUGGAGGACGAGCAACUCCUCGGAGCGCAGCUACAGAAGAAGAUCAAGGAACUGCAGGCUCGGGCUGAGGAGCUGGAGGAGGAGCUGGAGGCGGAGCGGGCGGCCCGGGCCCGCGUGGAGAAGCAGCGGGCUGAGGCGGCCCGGGAGCUGGAGGAGCUGAGCGAGCGGCUGGAGGAGGCCGGCGGGGCGUCGGCGGGGCAGCGUGAGGGGUGCCGCAAGCGCGAGGCCGAGCUGGGCCGGCUGCGGCGGGAGCUGGAGGAGGCGGCGCUGCGGCACGAGGCCACUGUGGCCGCCCUGCGCCGCAAGCAGGCCGAGAGCGCGGCCGAGCUGGGCGAGCAGGUGGACAGUCUGCAGCGGGUGCGGCAGAAGCUGGAGAAGGAGAAGAGUGAGCUGCGCAUGGAGGUGGAUGAUCUGGGCGCCAAUGUGGAGACUCUGGCCCGCAGCAAGGCCAGUGCAGAGAAGCUGUGCCGGACCUAUGAGGAUCAGCUGAGCGAGGCCAAGAUCAAGGUGGAAGAGCUGCAGCGGCAGCUCACGGAUGCGAGCACUCAGCGUGGGCGGCUGCAAACAGAGAGCGGGGAGCUGAGCCGCCUGCUCGAGGAGAAGGAGUCUCUCAUUAGCCAGCUGAGCCGGGGCAAGGCCUUGGCCACCCAGAGCCUGGAGGAACUGCGGAGGCAGCUGGAAGAGGAGAGCAAGGCCAAGAGUGCGCUGGCCCAUGCCGUACAGGCUUUGCGGCACGACUGUGACCUCUUGCGGGAGCAGCACGAGGAGGAGGCGGAGGCCCAGGCGGAGCUGCAGCGGCUACUGUCGAAGGCCAAUGCCGAGGUGGCUCAGUGGAGGAGCAAGUAUGAGGCAGAUGCCAUCCAGAGGACCGAGGAGCUGGAGGAGGCCAAAAAGAAGCUGGCCCUGCGGCUGCAGGAAGCAGAGGAGGGAGUGGAGGCUGCCCACGCCAAGUGCUCCUCACUGGAGAAGGCCAAGCUGCGACUGCAGACGGAGUCAGAGGACGUGACCCUAGAGCUGGAACGGGCCACCUCCGCGGCUGCCGCGCUGGACAAGAAGCAGCGGCACUUGGAGCGGGCGCUGGAGGAGCGGCGGCGGCAGGAGGAGGAGACUCAGCGGGAGCUGGAGGCUGCCCAGAGGGAGGCCCGCAGCCUGGGCACUGAGCUUUUCCGGCUGCGGCACAGCCACGAGGAGGCGCUCGAGGCCCUGGAGACGCUCAAGCGGGAGAACAAGAACCUGCAGGAGGAGAUCAGUGACCUCACAGACCAGGUCAGCCUCAGCGGGAAGAGCAUCCAGGAACUGGAGAAAGCCAAAAAGGCUCUGGAAGGGGAGAAGAGCGAGCUCCAAGCCGCGCUGGAGGAGGCCGAGGCGGCCCUGGAGCUGGAGGAGACCAAGACUCUGAGGAUCCAGCUGGAGCUGUCCCAGGUCAAGGCUGAGGUGGACCGGAAACUGGCCGAGAAAGAUGAGGAGUGCACUAACCUGAGGCGCAACCACCAGCGGGCCGUGGAGUCCCUGCAGGCCUCCCUGGAUGCAGAGACCAGGGCCCGCAACGAGGCACUGCGGCUCAAGAAGAAGAUGGAGGGCGACCUCAAUGACCUGGAGCUGCAGCUGGGCCAUGCCGCCCGCCAGGCCAUGGAAGCCCAGGCGGCCACGCGGCUGCUGCAGGCCCAGCUCAAGGAGGAGCAGGCGGGGCGGGACGAGGAGCGGCGGCUGGCGGCCGAGCUCCGAGAGCAGGCGCAGGCCCUGGAGCGGCGGGCCACGCUGCUGGCCGCGGAGCUGGAGGAGCUGCGGGCCGCACUGGAGCAGGGCGAGCGCAGCCGGCGGCUGGCAGAGCAGGAGCUGCUGGAGGCCACCGAGCGCCUUAACCUCCUGCACUCGCAGAACACAGGCCUCCUGAACCAGAAGAAGAAGCUAGAGGGGGAUCUGACCCAGCUGAGCGGGGAGGUGGAGGAGGCUGCCCAGGAGCGGCGGGAAGCCGAGGAGAAGGCCAAAAAGGCCAUCACCGACGCGGCCAUGAUGGCCGAGGAGCUGAAAAAGGAGCAGGACACGAGCGCACACCUGGAAAGGAUGAAGAAGACACUGGAGCAGACGGUGCGGGAGCUCCAGGCCCGGCUCGAGGAGGCCGAACAGGCUGCCCUCCGCGGCGGGAAGAAGCAGGUGCAGAAGCUGGAGGCCAAGGUGCGGGAGCUGGAGGCCGAGCUGGACGCAGAGCAGAAGCAGCACGCUGAGGCCCUCAAAGGGGUGCGGAAACACGAGCGCCGGGUCAAGGAGCUCGCGUACCAGGCCGAGGAGGACAGGAAGAACCUGGCUCGCAUGCAGGACCUGGUGGACAAGCUGCAGAGCAAGGUCAAGAGCUACAAACGCCAGUUUGAGGAGGCGGAACAGCAGGCCAGUACUAACCUGGCCAAGUACCGCAAGGCCCAGCACGAGCUGGAUGAUGCAGAGGAGCGGGCAGACAUGGCAGAAACCCAGGCUAACAAGCUGCGGGCACGGACCCGGGAUGCCCUGGGGCCCAAGCACAAGGAGUGAUGCCGGAGUUCCUGGGAUCUGAAGACGCUGCCGGCCCUGUGUCCUCUCCUGCCGCCUCUGCAUCCCAGUCCACCCCAAGCCCUGCUGGACCCUGAGUAAAUGCCGUGUCUGCAUCUCUAGCUGGCUGCCUUCUCCUCCUCUGAGAUGCAGAAGAAAGGAACACAUGGUCCCUGGACAAAAGUCAGGUCCACAUCAGUCAUUUAAAAUAAAGUUCUUUAAUAGUCUCCA